AUGUCUGCUGCCGGGGCUUCUGCUGCGUGUCCUGCUGCAUCCCGCGAAUCCAACGGCUAUACGACGGCGGCCUGGCUCAACUGCUUUUCCCUUUCAUGCGCUGCGCCAACAUCGAAAUCGACCGCGACCUCGAAUCUGCCAGCAGCAGUGCCUCCAGCAGCUUCGUCUCCGGCGCGAGCACCAGCAGAGACCCCCUCUUGUUCGUCCGAUUCAUCCUCGAUGGCGCCCGCUACGACUGCUGACGACCACCAGCCCGGGCUCGACGGUCCGCGGCCGGCAAAGAUGGUCAAGCCGUCGCCAGACGAGUGCGCUGCAGCCCUUGAGCAGCAGCAGCAGCAGCAGCGGCAGCAUCAGGUCUCGUCCUCGCCUGGCUCGCCUGUCCGCCGGCCUGAGCCUGACCAGAUGCCGCAGCUGGCGGUCGACGACGAGGACGAGUUCGACGACAGCGACUCGGCCGUGGGCAGCGACAGCGAUGAACACUCGCUGCAGAGCUUGACCUCCAGCAUUACCAGUUAUGUCUACAGGAACGGACGGCGUUAUGCCUCGUUCAGAGAAGGACGAUACUGUCUACCCAAUGACGAAGCGGAGUCGGAUCGUCAUGACUUCUUGCAGCAUAUAUACGGCAUGCUCUUUGGCGGACGCCUCAUCUUUGCGCCCAUAUCAGACCAGCCAGAGAGGAUACUCGACAUUGGCACCGGCACAGGCAUUUGGGCCCUGGACGUCGCAGAUGCAUAUCCAGCCACACACGUUAUCGGCACAGACAUCUCGCCCAUCCAGCCGACUUGGGUCUCGCCAAACAUCUCCUUCGAGAUCGAUGACGCCGAAAGCGACUGGACAUUUAGACAGCGCUUCGAUCUCAUCCACUUCCAGAACCUCAACGGCGCCAUCCGUGACUGGCGUCGUCUGUUCUCGCAAAUAUACGACAACUUGAUGCCAGGCGGUUAUGUCGAGGCCAAAGAAACUGAUGUGUACGCAACUUGCGACGACAACUCCAUCCCCGAAGACUGCCAUCUUCGCCAGUGGGAGUCCAACUGUAUCAAGGCAUGCAGUCUCAUCGGCCAGACCCUGACAGCGCCAGAGAACGUCAAGCAAUGGAUGAUUGAAGCUGGCUUUGUAGAUGUCAAGGAGGAACAGUUUAAAUUGCCCAUCAACCCCUGGCCAAAGGACCCAGAGCUUAAACUGGCCGGUCGGUACCAGCAGGUUCAGUAUUCUGAUGCUCUCCAGCCAUAUGCUCUCGGAUUGCUCGUCGAGGUUCUCGGCUGGUCCAGGGAGGAGAUGGAACUCUUUCUGGUCGGCCUGAGAAAGGAUCUCGCCAACCGCGCACUCCACGGGUAUAACAUAGUCCGUGUCAUCACCGGCCGAAAACCAGGAAUGGGAAAGAGAAAGUUCUCAGAUACAGAGUAG